AUGAAAUCUUUUAAUGGGGAAAACGAGUCGAGACUUGUACAGUUUCCGAACGGCAAAAUAGUUGGAGCACGAUGGUUGGUAAGAAGAAUUUUAGGAACUGGUGCUUAUGGGGCAGUUUAUGAGGUACAAAGCGUAACAAAUCCUCUAAUCAGUGGAGCACUCAAAGCCGAAUCAAAUUCUGCAACAGAUAGCAUUUUAAAAUUGGAAGUUGAAGUAUUAAAGCAACUACAGAGUCGUAAAUAUACCGUUCGUCUGUUGUAUUCUGGCAAAAGAGAAACAUAUAGUUACAUGGUGAUGACAUUGUGCGGUCCGGAUUUGCUCACAUUGAAAAACAUGAAGAAUUUGGUGACAUUCAGCGAAAGUACCACACUUCGUAUAGCUGUUUUGAGCUUGUAUGCCAUCAAACAGUUACAUGAAAUUGGCUUUGUACACCGCGAUAUAAAGCCGAGUAAUAUAGCAAUAUCACCAUCUGCUAGUGUUCGGCACAUUAUGUAUUUACUGGACUAUGGAAUGGUUCGGAAAUACGCGAUUUACAAUAACAAACGAUGGCUUAUCAGACAACCUAGAAAGCGGGUUUUACUUCGUGGAACAUUGCGUUAUUGUUCAGUGAAUACUCACAAACGGAAUGAGCAGGGACGAGUUGAUGACCUCUGGUCACUGAUGUAUAUGUUGAUUGAAUUACGCAGCAAUUAUCUGCCCUGGGGUAAAGCUACACGUGAAGAUCGUAUUCUCUAUCUUAAAGAAUCUAUUUCUGACAAGCAACUUCUGUCGAAUGGAAAGAUGGAAUUUUAUGAACGAAUCUUAGCACAUCUCCGUAAACUACGCUACCCAGAUAGGCCCGAUUAUCAUUACAUGUAUAAACUGAUGGUAUCACCAAUGAUAAGGAAACGGUACUUGUUCAACGAACCAUAUGAUUGGGAAGUUGUAUCGGAAGGUGAAACGCAAGAAGAAUCGGAAUCGUCGAAAAAGUUCUGCACAUCUUCAUCAAAAUCAACUAGUCCGAUUAAUGCAAAACCUUCCAGUUCAAUCAUUCCGGAAGAUAUACCAGUGGCACAGGAGCAUGCAUUUGAUGAGGGCGAAAAUGAUGUACCGGAUAUAAUGAAAACCUCUUACCAUAUUUGUCAUCGACGACAAGAACGUGACCGACAUGUCUUGCAGGAUGAAAGCAACACACCAAAUGAAGAUUUACCGUAA